AAAAAUUCUCCCUUUAAUUAAGCAUCACUCGAUAAUUUACUUACUAUCAAGAUUUUUUCCUCGCAUUUUUUGAUCUUUAAAAUUUCAAUCCCUAUUACUUUCAUUAACUAAUCCGAAAGCAUUUUUGCAUCGAUAGCAGGACCACUGGAAGAUGAUGAUUGGAUCCUGGGAGUUGGAUCCCGUUGAUAUCCUUAUUAUUUUCAUUGUUGUUUCAAUUUUGUUAUUUAUAAUUUUAUUUUUCAUUGCAUACAAGGUUUUCUUUAGUGGAUCAUUCAGACAUGACUAUCAUUUACUAGGAGAUGAUGCGUUUAGAUACGGAGAUGUUCCACGUGAAUUCAUUAAUGACGAGGAAUCGCUUACUCACUUGGCCGAAGAAUAUGACUUUACUCAUUUAUCUCCUGAAGAACAAAAUUCUUACUUGAAAGGGGAAGAAUAUACUAAAUCUAAUCCACCGAAUUUUCAUAACAUUAGGGGUAAAUCUUUCACUCCUGAAGAUGAAGUGCUUAUCAAGGACUGUGGUAUAAAUGCUUUUGAAUUCGAACAAGAACAUGAUAUCUUACUGGCUAGAUAUAUUGUUGCUGAUAGAACAGAGAUUCACUUUUUAAAUAACGAUACUCCUUAUUCAACUGCUACUUCUGUACUUAAUUAUUGCUUACCUGUUAAAAAUCGUACUUAUUCAGAUACUGUUUAUUUUGAAGUUAAAGUGUUUGAAUAUGAUUCUUCAAAUGAAAAUGGUCAUUUUGCUAUUGGUUUAGUUACUAAACCUUAUCCUCUGUCAUUUCGUUUACCAGGUUAUAAUAAUUUUUCAAUUGCUUAUGAAUCAACUGGUAAUUUAAAGAUUAACAAGCCUUUCCCUACUCCAUUACAACAGCAUAUGGGCGAUAAUAGUAAAUUCAAUGCCCAAGUUUUACCUCCUUUAUCACAAUCUGAUACCGUUGGGUUUGGUUACGUAAUUUCAACCGGUACUGUAUUCAUCACCCGUAAUGGUAAGAAAUUAAUGGAUAUUCUUAAAGAUUGUUAUGUUGAUUUAUACCCUGCAGUUGGUUGUUUUUCAACAAAUGCUAAAUUUCAAGCUAAUUUAGGUCAAUUAGGUUAUGUUUGGAUUGAAGCUAAUGUUCGUAAAUAUGGUUUUAUUUCUACUAGUGAUUAUAAAAAAAUUAAAGGAGAUAGAGGAUUAGCGGCUCUUCCUCAAUAUGGUAGCAUCAAUAAAAGUGAAGGUGAUAAAUUAUUGGAUAAAGGUGAAGAACUUCCCCCAGAUUAUCCCGAAGAUGAAUUAGAUUUCUUUGGUAGAUCUACCAAAGAUUUAGUAAGAAUUGGUUCUUCUUCUAAGUCUAAUAAAAAUAACGAACAAACAGAAAAAAAUGAGAAAUCAAUCGAUUCAAAACAGGAUGAUGAAGAAUUCAAAGAACCUAAAGUACCCAUUUCAAACGUUAAGAGCUCAUCCUUAGUAACAGAUGAACCAGAAGAAAUCAUGGAUUUGAGAGGAAGAUUAUAUGAACAAGAAAUCACCUCUCGUAAAACUGAUGAUGACUCCGAAACUACUCCUUUGAUCAAAUCAACUCUCGAUAAUGACUCAAACUACCAAACUACCGAUGGUAAUGAAACAACAAGCAUCAAUUCCAAAAAAGAACCAACCCCUCACUCAGAAGCUCAAGUCGAAGCAAAAGCUCAACAACAUAAAGUUGGUUCUGCUUCUGCAUCUAGUGCUGCUCACGCACAAGAAGAAUCAACUAACCCAAGUGGAUUAGAUGCUGGUGAGACUUCAACAGAAUCACCAGAACCAACUUCGAAUCCCACCGGGAACGCAUCGGGGGCUUCAGCAAAACCCAAGUCUAAAAAGAAGAAGAAGAAUGGAAAAAAAUCAAAUAAGAAGAAGGGUAAAAGAAAGUAAGUGAAGUAAUCAGUGCUUGACAUUCCAAUUAUUCAUCAUCAAAAAGCUUUCAUUUCCUCUUUUCAUCUUUCUCUAUUCAAUUGAUGAUCCUUCUAGUUCGAUAUCUUUUUUUUUUUUUUCUUUUCUUUUAUUUCCACAUAAUCUUGCAUUCUAAGUUAUCUUUUUUUCUAUCUUUUCUCUUUGAUUCCUAUGGAUCUCUACAAAAUCGAUGCAUUUAAACUUUGUUUCUCUUUGCCUUUUAUUCUUUUCUUCGUUUCUUUUCUCAUUGCAUUCUUCAAGGCCU